UUAUUUAAAACAUGCAACUAGUAACUACAUACGAUACGGUACUAUGUGCCGAUUCAGUCGAGUGGUGCCCAAUUGCACCUUUUCAACGUCUUUUUGUGUGUGGAAAUUACCAAUUGGAAGAAGACAAAUCCAAUGGAACAAGUGAUGCACCACGUGCACGUUAUGGACAAAUUCUCUUAUUUGAGUACCAAACGGAGCUUCAUUGUCUGCAAACAGUCAAAUGUGCAGCUGUAUUAGACCAGAAAUGGUGCCAUAAUCUGCUGAAUGACUGUCCAGUUCUUGCAGUUGCCACAGGACAUGCCACUCUUAAUAUUUACAAACUGCAGGAAUCAAAACUGCAUCUAUGGUUGAGUUAUACAUAUUCUCAUAGCACUGAAGAGGACAGGAUGUUCUUGUCUGUUGAUUGGUCAACAGGAAAGUAUCACUCUAAAGAACCACAAUUGGUUGUGAGUGAUAAUUUGGGCAUGCUGCAUUUGUUUCACUUGAAGGAGGAUGGUUUAAAGCUGAUAAAUUCAUGGAAACUUCAUUCAUAUGAAGCAUGGAUUGGUGCCUUUGAUUAUUGGAAUACAAAAUGUUUAUUCUCAGGUGCUGAUGAUUCUAUUUUUAUUCAAAUAAACACAGAAACUGCUCAGCAACAAAAGAACACAAGUCAUAAUUGUGGUGUAACCAGCAUGCAUUCAAACGCUGGUCGUGAAUACACUUUUGCAACAGGCAGCUAUGAUGAAUUCGUCCAUAUAUGGGACACAAGAAUGUUAAAAGCACCGCGGGAUUCAGCAAAGAUGCCUGGACCGGUGUGGCGAGUUAAAUGGCACCCGGUAAAUCACAAUCGUUUGAUUACAGCGUGCAUGGCUGAGGGAGUGUCGAUUGUUGAGUUUGAAGAGACUAAACCAAUACGAUUUUUGUCUAAUUUUAAAGAACACAAUGACAUUGCAUACGGUGUAGAUUGGUAUCAUGGACAAGAUGCUAAUCUGAUUGCAUCCUGUUCGUUUUACAAUCAUUUAUUGUGUAUUUCUACAUAUUAAAUAAUUUAAGAACAUAA